UAUCAUCCAGCCAGGGACGGGACGGUCUCCUCUGCCACUCCUCUCCUCCAUCUGUCGACUUGCACCGGGCUGUUUCUCCUGUAUGGUGGAUAUCCUGCUCAAUGCUUCUUUCUUGGAUGAUAUGGGGGAUCAUUCAAAAAAGAAGUCAGGAAUCGCAAUGUGUGUGGGCUGUGGAAGUCAGAUACACGACCAGUACAUCCUGAGAGUCUCCCCGGACCUGGAGUGGCAUGCAGCCUGCCUCAAGUGUGCAGAGUGCAGCCAGUACCUAGACGAGACCUGCACUUGCUUCGUCCGAGACGGAAAGACUUAUUGUAAAAGAGAUUAUGCAAGGUUAUUUGGCGUCAAAUGUGCAAAGUGUAACAUGGGCUUCUACAGCAGCGACCUGGUGAUGAGAGCCCGGGACAAUGUUUAUCAUAUGGAGUGUUUUCGGUGCUCGGUGUGCAGUCGACACCUCCUGCCGGGAGACGAGUUCUCCCUGAGGGACGAGGAGCUGCUGUGUCGAGCGGAUCACGGUUUGCUGGUGGAGCGGGCCUUUGCAGGAAGCCCGCUCAGCCCGGGGAACGUUCACAGCAGACCGCUGCACAUCUCAGAGCCGGUUUCUGUCCGGCAUCCUCCCCAUCACCGGAACCACGUCCACAAGCAGUCCGAGAAGACCACCCGGGUCCGGACGGUGCUGAACGAAAAGCAGCUCCACACACUGCGAACCUGCUACAACGCCAACCCGAGACCAGACGCCCUGAUGAAGGAGCAGCUGGUGGAGAUGACCGGCCUGAGCCCCAGGGUCAUCCGCGUGUGGUUUCAGAACAAGCGCUGCAAAGACAAGAAGAAGUCCAUCCUGAUGAAGCAGCUUCAGCAGCAGCAGCACAGCGACAAGACCAAUCUGCAGGGCCUGACAGGCACACCUCUGGUGGCAGGCAGUCCGAUCCGGCACGACAACACCGUGCAGGGGAAUCCUGUGGAGGUGCAAACUUACCAACCACCGUGGAAAACCCUCAGCGACUUCGCCCUGCAGAGCGACCUAGACCAACCCGCCUACCAGCAACUGGUGUCUUUCUCUGAGUCGGGCUCCCUGGGAAACUCCUCUGGCAGUGAUGUGACUUCUCUGUCAUCGCAAUUACCGGACACACCGAACAGUAUGGUUCCGAGUCCCGUGGACACGUGAGGAGGCCCCCGGGGCCACCUGCAGCCCCCCCUGCAGCGCACCGCAUCUUCUGCAGGGACGCACAUAGACCUCAGUGAAAUGAAUAAAAGGACCAGGGCGGAUUAUGUUCGAGGAUACACUCAGGAUUGUGUGACUGUUCCCUUUGCAUCUACUCACCGUCUCGCUCAAGGACACUUCGGCAGGACACACAGCUGUUGAUGGACAUUAUGCUGCCAGGGCUUCAAUGGGACACGUUGACUUCUAUCAUGAUGCCAGUGCCCAAACUGGACAUGACGCGGGCACUAUGUUGUGGGAGUCAAACACGCGAUCAUGUUGGACCUCUGAACUUUAAUGCUUAUAGUAUGUUUAUGCAAAUGCAAACAGCCUAGAUGUGCAUGAUUUGUAAGUUUCACUGUCGACUCUUGAAAUGCGCACUGUUCGCAUUGUCUCCAGAAAAUAAGUUAUUAUUAUUUAUUAUGAGGACAGACAUAGCCGAUCUUAUCAAUA